AUGCUUCGCUUGGGACACAAAUACGAGUUUGAGUCUUUCAAGCAGCAGGGGCUAGACCAAUUUUCACGCCUGUUCCCUGCCUCCCCUACUCAGUUCGUGGAGGCGACUGAACAUCAAGCACGCUGGCUAGCCAGUUCGACUGACUCUUCGAUAUGCGAUGCAAUAAACCUUGCGCUUGACUUGAAGCUCCAACGAACACUUCCCGCGCUCCUUUUCGUCGCCACCACAGAGCGUUACUACCCGAAAAUAGUGAAAGAUGGUUCCGUCAGCCAGAGCAACAAGAUCACUAAGCUCCCAAACGAGGUCGCCCUGACUUUAAUGUCCGCGCGGGAGCGCGCCUACGAAGGGGUGAUGAACCAUAUUUACCUUCAUUUGCUAGGUAUUGGCACAGACACCCUACCUGCAAGAAGUUGUCUCCAACGGAGGACGUGUCCGGCCACAGUGUCCUCUCUUCGCCACUUUGUCAUCAAACCUCCGUUCAAGAUGAGCUGCUCCUUUGCGUAUGAUUUAAAGAAAGUUUGCAGCGAUGGUUUCUGUUCGGACUGUAUUCGCGUCGGUUUCUCCAAAGUAGAGGAGGGUCGUCAGAAGGUGUGGGAAGAGCUUCCCGCAUAUUUCGACUUGCCUCCCUGGGAUAAUCUAAAGAAUUUCGACUUCUCUUAUUUUACUCAUUAA